AUGCAAGAACUUCCAAACUAUCCACAAAACCUGCUGGACAGAGUCAGCGCAGCACAGCACACUCCCUCCGAUUCCAACGCUAAAUACGUCUUCCAUGUCAUCCACAGGAAUGACGAAGAUAUGUCCGCGCUUGACGAGAUAGACUCCGAGGACGAGGAGAUGGGUUCCGAAGAUGAGAGCGAAAGACAACGCACCUUCGACACCCUCGCCGAGGCCAACAAUGCUGCUUUGGCUCUUUUCAGAAGCAUGUAUUUGGAUUUCUUUGGCCAAGAAGACGAUAUGUCCAACUGGUAUGAGGAGGGGACCGGUGAAGAGAGGCAGAAUGAAGUGGUAUGGGAAGUCAAUGGCGACGGGGAGCUUUCGUUGAAAGCCCACGAAACCGAGGAUGGGAUGACAUAUGAGAUUUAUGUUUCUGCCUCAAAGGUCUAA